GAACGACGACCGAGAGAAGCUGGGCCUUGUUGUACCCAGCACUUUCAAAAUGGCGGGUUUUUAGCAAUACGGAAACCGUUCCGUUCCUUGUUUGCUUCUCGAUUUUCUUGUGUAAUGUUUGAUUUUGUUGUCUGUAAUGGGAUUCCAGCUCGUAUAAAAGUUUCCAAAGAGGAUGGAGGGAUCUGAACUUCGUCAAAUACGCGUUGUAAACAACGACAUUUCUUUUGGAAAAACCCAGGAAGAUGAAGAGACGGUACACAAAACUAAUUAAAGCUUGUCAAGUUUGCUUUCAAUUGUGACAGGCUUAAAAUUAUAAACACCUUUCGUGCUUUUGAGAACCAGUACUAGUGUCUUUCGAGAUCAAACUUCAAAAAAUAUUUUGCAGUUAAUUUAAAAACUGUUGCACUGGCUACCUGCGGGUUUAAUAAUAGGUUUAAUACCACAGUGGAUGGAUGACUUCUUGCUUUUUUGUUGUUUUUUUUUAGCAUUUUGUGUUCGAUGUUUUUAUAUGAAGUGUGUGUUGUUAGCCAUGGGGUGGUUUUGUAACUGUACUUGUGUUAAGUUGGGGAGAGUGGGUUUUGCAUUAUGAGUAAGGUGAAAUGUAUGUACUGUUGCUGUGGUUAAUUUUUUUUACCUUGAUGCAAAUGUUUCUUCCUUUGUAUUUGGGUAUGGUUAUGUACAUUGUACAGAAUAACAUGUAAUUUAAAAUACAGAAUAAUCAAUAAAAUAGAAACACAUGAUAGAGUUGUGUAUAGGUAUCUUUGAUCUGUUUACCACUCAAUUAUUUGCUGAAGUUCCUUUUUCUUGUAUUAUUGUUAACAGCUGCAGUUACAUGACUUGCACUAUACAGGGGAUUCGACCUUCCUUCCAGGACCCUGUCAGCACAACAAAAAAUUUGCGUGUGUUUUUCUUCCGUGUGCUGUGCCACUGUUUUACAUUGGAGGAGAAUUGUAUGUAUAUUUAUCUAAAUAUUUUGACACUAGUACUAAGUCCCAAGGAGGGGAGGGGGGGGGGGUAACCCCCAUAAGCUUUAUAUUAAAAAUGUCUUCUUAGCACAUUAGUUUAUAAGAUAGGUUUUAAAAUGUUAUUCUUGUUGUUUACAGGUUGUUUGGAUCAGCAGUUUUUUGUCUUCUGAUAACAUAUCUCGUAGACAACACCUCGAAGAGUAAACAAAGGUACAUGAUAUAUAAGAACAGCAGAACUUUUUUUACGGUUAUAUUCACUUGUCUUACAAGGCACAUUAUGCUUGAUUAUCCAUGUUUAAUACAAAUUAUGUGAUAAAAAAGAAACCAAUUAGACUAGAGUAGCAUGCAAGUACACUAAAUAUAAUAAUUAUUAUUAUUAACUAAAGAGUUGCUUUAUCGUGUCACAAUGAUUUUUAGAGUAAACAAAGACUCAAUUCCAACGAUAGAAAAACUUACCCUCAUUAUACACAAGCUUUCGAUUCGAUCGCAGAAUAAUUAUGCAUGCUAAUAAUCAUUCACUAAUAAAUUAAAUAUUCAGAUCAAAUUUGUUUUUGUAUUUUACUGUACGUUUAAAAUUGGCCUUGUUUUUAAAAAGCCAACUAUAGUUGUCUCCUGCCAGCUGGGGUUUUUAUCCUGUUAUGUUUUGAUUAAUAUUUUGUAUCACCUGUCUCAAACUAUUUAAGUGAAGAGCCUGAAGGCAAAGCUCUUUUUUUACAUUUCAAACAAAGCCAUAGUCCUGUUUACUUUAAGCUCAAUUUUUACUGUCUAUUGUAAUUUAGGUAAAAAAAAAAAUCAUGAAAAUUUAUAAUUAUAUUGCCUUUUUAUUUUCAGUUCUCUGGUUGCCUAUGUUCUUUCAGUGCUAAUUUUCCAGUUAACGUCUGUGUAUUGUCUUGUUCCAUUUCUUUGGUAAGUUUGAUAGCCACUUGUACAGGUUGCCAGUAUUUAGUCUUGCAUGCAUGCAAAAAGUUUUGUACAGAAUGAUUCAUUUAAAAAUUGUUUGUGUUACAUAAAAUUAAACAAAAAAAUCAGAAAUUAUUAAAUAUUAUUUUCUCUGGUUUGUCUCAGGAAAUCGGUGUUUAAUCUGGGUCUCAUAUUUAUUUACAAUGUAUUUAUUGUGCUGUCAGGUAAGAUUGAAUUUUCUUUUUUAUGAACUUUUGCAGAUUUAUUUAUUUUUAAGUAAUUACACUGUAUUAAUACACUCUCUUUAUAAACAUGACAUAAUAUUGCCUCCAGUUGAACAUUAAGAAAUCUAAUCAUAGAAGAGUAUGACUGCUUAAUUUUUAAAGACUACAACCACAUUAUACUGUCUUAUAGGUGGGGUUGGUUUUCUUCAGUUCAAGCAAUUACAGAGUGAAGAGCCUGAAUUUGUUAAGGUAUAAGAGCAAAUUCUUUUGGAGUAUGUAAUGUGAAGUAUGGAGUAUACAUAUGUACCAUGUGGCACAAGAUCUGCGGGUUCUAAUUUUUGUGAUUUUUCCAGCAAUCCGCAAAAAUAAGUUCCUGCAAAUAACAAUUACCGCAAACAUUUUUCACUCAAAAAUUUACUCCAGAGUAAAUAUUCUCUAACUUGAAUUCGCUACACAAAAAUACAGUACUAAGAAAUUGUGUCUGUUCAAUUACAACUUUUACUUGCCUCUUUCAUUCAGAAAGAAGACGGUAUACAAUGAAUGACUGGUUUUACAUAGGGUACGCAUGCCGUAGUACUAUUUCUAUUGUACGUACGCAACAAAAACAAAAAUAUUAUCAAUGCUGGGUACUGGGUACUUUCUGAAUAUCGCAAAAAUUAAUUCCCAUCGCGAAAAACCAAUCUGUCCUAAUCUCAAAAAUUAGUUCCCGCAAAAAACAAAAAAUCGCCAAUCCACAAGAAUAAACUCCCACAAAAAUUUCAUGGCAUACGGUAUAGGCAGACACCCACAGGACACCUCUGCUGGCUUAAGCCAUUUGUCCACUAAAUACAGGGUGUCUGCUUAAUACUGGUCUUGCUGUAAAAAGGUAUAAAUCAAUUUAUCUGUGAGAUCUAAGGUUUUAAUUUUCUAGAUCCAUAUUGCAAAACAUAAAAGGAACCUAUUCUACAGAAACAGGGGCAAACUACUUGUUCUCUCAAGACAUUUUGACAUCAUUUUGUAUUUUUCACAUCACCAACACUUCCCUGGUCAUGUAACAGUCGACUGAUCAACACUGUCAAAUUCUUAUUUAUAUGUACACUGUUAUUUUCUUUUCAUUCAGAACAUGGAAUAUGUCCUAUAUAUUAGUUAUCCAAUCGUUGGCCAGUUGACCUUGACUGCAGUGGCAGGAAAUGUUUUCAGCUGGGCUGUGUCUCCUUUCUUUUGUAUUUUAUUUGGGUAUGUACCAGUCUAAAUUAUAUGUAAAACGAAGUAUAAUUAUCACAUAUAGCGCUGUUUAGAUGAACAGGAAGGAAUUUUUAUCUGAAGUGAUUUUAAAGUACUUCUAAAAGCAAAGAAAAUUAAAAGUCAAGCUAGCUGGAAACUUUUUGGAAUGAUCAAAACGUAUUUGAAUCACAACCUACAUUCAAUAAUAUGCCUUUUUUUUUUUAAUUUUUCAGAUUUCUUUUUCUUCAAAUUUUUUAUCCACCAAGUAAAUCAUCCUUUUCCUACCAGAGAUUUGUUCAUAGAGCAGGGGAAGAAAGACCUCCUGAAAGUAAGGAUAAUGACUGAUUAAAUUUGCACACAUCACAUGCUGAUGUCAUUAUUCUCUAAAUAUAUCCUGAAUACACUCUAAAGAGCCUCAGAGGUUAAUAAUAAGAAGAAUGUCUAAUGGGUAUUCAAGGAGGGAGUGGCUUCAAGUCCCUUUAAGGAAUCAAUUAAUAUCAUUGUCUUAAUUACCUCGGUGCCAUCUUCACAACACUACAGAUAAAAGUAAAUAAUAAUGUUCCUCUUACUGACAUAGAUUUUUACUUUGUUUACUUUUAGGUUUUAUUCUCAGCAGUCUCGAAAAGACACUAUUACUUUUCAGCCUAAUUUCUGUGCCUGGUUCUAUGUUUAUUGUUAUCAAUUUUUUGGAUCUCAUUCAUUUUACUACUUGGGUAGGUACUUUGUAUGCAUAGUUUGCUGAUAGUGCUAGAGUUUUAAUUGCUUUUCACUACUGCUAGAAAUCAUUUACUCUUGAAUUGGGCCUUUUAAUAAGCCUUUGAAAACAGUCAACAUUUUGUGAUGCCACCAAUGGUUGCCCCACAAGUGACAUCUGAGGAAUGAAUGUACAAAUUCCUUACUGAUGAUACCACCAAGGUACAGGUGCUAGGUAUAAGUGCUUCUCAUUAGAUAAAGCAAGUUUUCAACAGUUUAAAACUUAGUAAUUAGUAUAAUUAUUAUACUAAUCAGAACCACUACCCAGAUCUGGGUCAUGAUGUGCCAUCAGUAUGGAAUUUCUUUUGCUGGUUCUUUAGUUAUAUUUUGUGGGAAAAGUAAUGGUGAAGUUGCAAUUUGUCGGUUGUUUAAUUAGGCUACCUGAUUUAAAAAUUGUUAAGACUCAAUAGUUCACCAGUUAUUUGAUGUCCUAACAGGUGAAACUACUGUUAUGUGGCAUUCUUCCUGUCUUUCUUUGUACAUGUCUGGACAUCAAAGAAGAGAUGGAAUUCUUAGGUGAGUUCAAUAUUAUUAGUCUCCUGUGUAACCUUCUUUGUGUUUUAAGUUGUGCAAAACUGCAGCUCUUCUUGCUUGGUACAGAGAAUUGCUGGGUUACUAGGUGACCUUUAUUGCGGACUGAGCAAACAGUGUAUAGAUGAAGGUGCUUAAGGUUGUUUCUAUGUACAGCUAACUAAAUGUAAAUAAAAUUAUCAUAUUUUACUUUUUCUUUUUUGAUUAAGGCAUUGAAGAAUGUUGAUCAAAAUUUUACAAUCACUUUUCAAACAGUUAUGAUUUGAUAUUUUUUACUUUGACUUUCCCCAGAAUUAUCCAAAGAUAAUGUAGCUAAAGUAAAAUUAGGAUGUGGCCUGGGAAGUAUGGUAAGAAACAGUCUGUUUGGCUUUUUUAAUAUACAAACAUACUGCAUUCAAGUUGAAAACUGAAGUUGCAUUAUUUUGAAUGGAACUUUUGAGUAUCUCAGUCUGUUAAACUGAUACAGUUUAAACUUGUACCAGUACUGUAUAUAUUCUCUUUUUGCCCUUAUAUCUGUGUACAUGUAUAGACAUCGUGCAGUGUUUCACCUACUAUUCAGUGUUUUUCCUUCAUCCCAAGAGCGUAAAAUGUUUUAUAAUCACUGCUGCAGCAGCAAUAUACCACUCUCACUCAACCUCUUGUGUUGGUCUGUUUCAUAACUUUCAGAUCCUGUUGAGUGUCAUAUUAAUGUUGUCUGGCUCUGUUGGUGUGCAAACGUUCCCACUUAUGAUCGGGAACAUGACUUGUGGGGUACUUAUUUGGAUCAUAAAUAGUCGAGAAAAGUGGAAGGUAUGUUCUCCUUUCCGGUAGUUUCAAAACUGUUUUGGUUGUGCACAUCAUAGGUCAGUAAGAGAAAACAGGCUUCUAGUAUUAUUGUCUUCAUUGUACUAUUCUUUUAAGAGAGAAGCAAGUGUUUGACCUGAGAAAUACAUGGAGCUUCAGAUCAUAAAAUAUUAUACUCAAGUAUCUUGAGGCCUGUUUAUUCGUAUAUGACUAUGUUUGUUCAUAGUUUUCACUUCAAGGUCCUUAACAUUUCCAUGAUUAUAAUACUGCAUGAGAAAUUUCUGCAAUUAGAUUGGCUUAGAGGAGUGGUAUUUCAGCUUAAUUUGAAAUACCUACAUGUGAAAAUUACUUGUAAACCUUUUGCUGGUAGUAGUAUAAACAAUUAAUAGCAUGAUUUGUAGUGAUAUUUGGCAUAAAUACCACUCGUGAUAUUUCAAAAUUGUCUCAAAUUUCACUCGCCUAAUGGCUCGUGAAAUUACAUAUAACAAUUUUGAAAUACCACUCGUGGUAUUUAUGCCAAAGAUCACUACAAAUCAUGCUAUUACCUAUACAGAUACUCUUCACUGCUGAAGUAACCCAGCUUAUAAUGCAUGGUAUGCAUUUAUUGCAUAUUAUUUAUUUUUUUACAAACAUUCUGCCAAUGGCUGACAUUUCCUGACACAUGACAUUCUGUAUUGCAGGUUUACCAGUUUAUGCCAUAUGUAGGGCUCAUUAUUCUGACCUCCCUUGGACUGUUUACAAUGCCAUGGUCACUUUUGUAUCCUUAAUGACCUGCAUCAUUAAAAUCUUUGGUAGAUAAUAAAUUAGACAAAAUUCAAUUGAAUGCUAGUGGUGUUAGUAUUUUGCUAAGGGCCCCAUGAACUUUUUCAUUUAAAAUGUGAGGCCUUGGCCUGAAGAGUGAUUGAGGCUUGUAUAUUUUUAUGUUUUGUGUCUUUAGUGUUAAAUUUUCUGACAAGCAAUUUAUUUCCCCUCAUUCUUAAAGGGAAGUCCUCCUGCUGCCUGCUGGGGCAAUCCAUUAGUUUUUACAGCUAAUAACCUUUGGUUUUUGUUGUUGUUGUUGUUGUUGUUUUUAUAGGAUCUUUUUCAUUUUUGUUUUUUUCCAUCUGAACGGCACAGGAAAAACCCAUUUUUAUUUUGAUGGGUGUCUGUUUUAGCGUGCCUAUUUUCAGUUUUCCUUUCAAAAAAAUUUACAACAGGCUUUUCAAGUCUCUGUUGACUGUAGUGAUCAGGAAAUCAGCCUUUCGUAGGGCUGCCUGUGCAAUCAAGUGGGAAGUGGAGUGUCCAAUAUUAUGUCUUUUUUUUAAAUCCUCAGUGCUAUCUGUGAUUUAAGGCCCUUGACAUAUACAUCAGUCAUCCAUUCCAUUUCUUCUCUCUACCAUUGUGGGGAGUAAAUGUGCUUCUUUGCUUUGUUAGUUGUCUUUCAGUGUUAUGUGUUUUUGUUGCUUCUAGUGGAGCUUAUACUGAAUGGUUAAACCCUCUUUUGGUGAUUCACUCAUCAGGUAAGGCACUCCUCAACCUUAUCAUAAGAUUUUUUGUUGUCUUAUAUAAUUUUUAAAAAGAUAGCACCUUACUGACAGAUUACUGACAAAUCACCAACAGUUGGGUAAUAGCUAAGAAAUGCAUUAAGGGAGGAUCGAAGCUCAGUAGAUGACUGACCGUUCACCAACUUAGAAUGAAAAUGAUGUGUGUGUUGGCUGGCCAACUGUUGUUCAACUGUCAGUGAACUGUCAGUAGACAGUCAGUUGUGUGGCAUUGCUCUUCACAAUUAUCUCUUAAUUGCAGGUUUUGUAUUGUCUGAAAAUAUUCUUGCAACAGAGAAGCUCUAUCCGAGUUACUUUUUAUUGGGAACUAUGCUUUUUGCUGGUUACAUCUCUGAAAGGUACUGCACAUUGUAUGACUGUAAAAUACUCUGAUUGUCUUUAGGUCUGAGAACAAGUAUGUGUGUUUGCAUAAAAAAUGAAAAAGAUUCUUGCUCCUCUUAUGGAAGAUUGCCGUGACUUUAAGGAGCGAUUGAUUUGUAAACUGUGCCAAACAUGUAAGGGAAGCUAAAUCUGGAUGAUUCAUGGGUGGGAAGGUGGGGGAAAGUUAACACCUUCAGUAGUAAAGGACACUGGGGUUCUUCCUGAAAAAAAAAAAAACAAUCUUAUUAUUGGUAGAUGGACAUUAUAAACCAACCUACAUGUUUACAUAGCUGUCACAAAGCUUUUACUGCUGUAAGAGAAAGGGAGAGAGACAUUCAUUUUGCAGUGGGUGUAAUUAGCAGGUGCCCAGGUGUGUUUUCAAAGGUUCUUUAGCAUAAACCCUGUCUUCUUAUCAUAUCACAUUCAGUUACGUCUGCAUCAUUAUGUGUAAAGUAAUAUAGUUUAUCGCAAGUAUGAUUGCAGACCAGAUUAGAUGACACAAAGUUGUGCUACCCGUAUUAAUCAUAACUAUAACAAAUUUGCAUGUGCGUGUGUGCUGUGCAAUAUUACUUAGGCAUGACGCACACUGUUCCAUGGCGCUGUCUUGUUAAUGCUGAAAACAGGGCUGCUGAUAGCCAAUCAGAUUUGAGAAUUUUUUAAAGUUAUGAUCAAACCCAGUAUACAUUAUAAUAAUCUAAUUUACAGGCUUCACAGUGUUGGCAAGCUGAACUUACAGUCCAUGUUACUCUGUAUUGCUAUCCAUGGUUCCAAGGUACCCCUGUGUCUCUCAAUGGUCCUUCCCUACUCUCCAGUAGCCGCCUCUGUAUUGCUUCCCAGUCUGUUCCUGAUUUCACCUUCACUUCUGAUGUUUCUCUUUACGUUUGCUGUGAGCAAAGUUAUUGAGGCACCAAGAGAUAUGACUUUGAAUGAGGUAAAUUUUAUCCUGUGUCACAGAGUGGUGUUUUACUGAUUGACAUGAAGCUUUAAGGUGAAGACAGUUUUAAAAGAAUGGGAUUUAUGCCCCUCCCUCCUUCCACCCAAGUUCCACUCCUAUCUUCUGUGCUACUAACGAUGCCAAUGAAUUGCACCUUUGCAGUCAACAGUCAUUGCUUGGAAUCCAUUGUACAAUUGCUGGAGUUUAUGAAAACAUUAAGAAAAAAAGCAAAGUAGAAAGGGCUUAACAAUAGUUUGGAGUAGUUUUUGUUUUGUUGUUUUGUCUUGCGAGAAAAAUGUCUCACAUUAAUACCAUAGCUGUCACUAUGAUUCCAAGUUGUUAGGUACCGGGGUAUAUGCAGUUUUAUUGAUUAGUGCUGCAUUGAACAGCUAGGAAAUUCUUUUUUGUUCUUUUUUCCUUUUGCUUCCUAUAUAAGAAGCAGGAGGUCAUGCUUAAAGGGAAAUCCCCAGCCCCCAGUCCUUAGAGAACUGCCCUAUAUAAAUACAUAAUAUUGGAGGUAUAUUGAAUUAAUUAUUUCAUUCUCUCGUGUUGAAAUCAAUAUUUCACUGCGGGCUUUCAGGAUUUAUCGCUUCAAUACUUGUCCAUUUUUACAUGUUAAUUCUCGAUUUCUUGUUCUUGGGAGGAGACAAUACCCAGGUUAUUUUAAUACGUAAAAAAUGUGCAAUCUAUCACACUCUUAGAUGAGAAGAAAAAAAAUUACAAGUGUCAUUAUAGUGUGAAGAAGUCGCAAUAAUUAAGUGUAUCAUUUUCCUUCUUGUCUCCGCCAGGGCUUAAAGCUCUGCAUAGUUUCAGGAAUUGCUACAAUUUUUGCCUACGAUGUCUUAAUCCUCCCACUGUGGUUCAUGAUGACCCAUAGAAUUCCUUCACUUCCUGAUGUAUUUGGUAAGUUUUGUUACGGUGCGAAAUUGGAAGUUUAAAAACUGUAGGAUAUAAUGAUCUAAAAGGAAAUAAAUUUUGCUCUCGUUUAUACCAUCAUUUGUAGAGACAUGUCUGAAAGGAAUGGUAAACCAUUAAGUUUUGUUCACUAAAAUUACAGUUAUUUUUUCCUUAAAGUUACCUUUCUGGACUGAACAGCUAAAUAAGAGCCAUAGUAAUUUAUUAUUUCUAUUUUCCUUCUUUUCUUCUUUUACUCUAUUUUACGCGCAUUUAGGCGAUGCCUUUGUCGGUAAAAUAUUGGGGUUUUGUCCUGAAAACUGUACGCGAUACCAAAAUCUACAGUUUACAUACCCCAAACGAGACGACGAACAUUCCCGCAGUAAUGUGUGGUGCUCAUUAUUUUGUUUAUCUAACAUGAAUGUUCUCAUGAAUUUUCUUUCAGCUGCAGUUCUGUUCAUCUGGGGAACUUUGUGCCUCAAACUGUCUCAUGUGCACUUCUCACAUAAUCUUUUCCUAAAGAGACUCAAUGUGCUUGUCCUUUGUACCAGUGUUUUGUUGGAGAUUCUUCAACCAGACUUAAACAUUUACAAGGUGCGUGUACCAUUUUCUCUUCUUUAAUCGGAAAACCUUCUUCUUUUAAUAUCAAAAGUUGGUUUGCAAACUAACGUUUACAAGUAGAAGAUUAUCAUCUUAGGUACAUGUAAGAUCCCUUGAUAUUUAUACAAAUUUUGCUGUUAGUGAUAAAGAGUAUUUCCAAUCAACCGAUUUUUUGAGGGAGAACAGGGGAUAAGAGCCCGGAGAGUAUAUGGUGCGGGAGGGGUCCUGGAGGCUCAAAAGGAAUGAGCGGGAGGUUGAAGCUCUAAAAGGGCGGGAGGUGGGAGAAAUAGGGGGAAAUUGUAAAACAAUGCUAAACGUAGGAAGCCAAGAGAAAAAGGGUGGGAGUCGGGAGUGUUUAUGGGAGUAGGGAGGCUUAGACCCCCCUGUCCCCUCAAGACGAGCAAAAGGAAAAUCGAAGUUAGAGAAGCAACCAGAACAAAUACUUUGCAGUUGAAAUUAUAAAACAACUUUCAAGGGAAAACGUUAGGAUGUUGCACUUUUACGUAGUUGGUGAAUGCAAAGUGUAAAGUGAGGGAGAAUUUUGACUUGUGUAUUUGCUUUACUUCUUAGGUGCUGGAAGCACUGUUUGUGUAUCUGGUGUGUUUAGUCUAUCCUCCAGCAUUUACUAUUGAAAAUACGUUGCUUUCAGAGUAAGUUUUUCUGAAUGUUAUCAUUAUGAUAAAGCCAUUUGUCCUUAUUUCUUGACUUUUCUUUUUGCUUUGUUUGUUUUUAGAUCUAUUGUUCUUUCCUGGUUUAUUCUCAUUGCACUAACAGUGUUGAUAGCAGUACUUACAAAGGUGAUUACCUUGGAACAGUUGUCAUGGUCACAGAGAGUCGUUCUUGCUUCUGUGAUUGGUGUAGUUCCUGGACUCAAAAGUUCUGCGUUGGUGAGUGUAAAAAUUCUCAUCUUAAUCAAGCUUCUACACAACACUUCAUUUAAGCGAUUUGUUUACAUUACUUUGGUUAAC